AUGGACAUGUUAGCAAUAGCCUUGUCUCUGCUUUUACUCUCUCUCGUCUUUUUCACCGCCCGAAGAUUCUGUUCCGGCGAUGAAGGAGCCAAAAUCCCGCCGGGUCCUCUAAGGCUACCUCUACUUGGGAACAUCCUUCAGAUCGGUGGAAAGCCACAUCGCUCACUAAUGGAUCUCUCGAGGACUUACGGAAGCGUAGUGAGUCUUAAGCUUGGUUGUUUGACCACAGUGGUCAUAUCAUCAGCGGAAGCAGCAAAACAAGUGCUGAAACACAUGACCAUGUCUUGUGUCAUCGGAUCUCCACUGACCCGGUUCGAGCCGCUGGUCACCACGAGCGUUCCUUUGUCUGGCUACCUCCGUUUGCUCGUUGGAGAAGCAACCAAGGACUUAAGGAUGAGAAAGGUGCAAGAACUUAUUUGCUUCGUUAACAAAUGCAGCGAGAGAAGUGAAGAAAUGAACAUCACUCGUGCAUCGUUCAUCACAUCACUCAAUAUAAUCUCGAACGCUCUGUUUUCAACAAACCUCGCAAACCUUGAUGGCUCCGAGACAGCUCACGAUUUUCAAAAUGUGGUGCUUCGGAUGAUGGAGAUCGCCGGAAAACCCAAGAUAGCUGAUUUCUUCCCGUUUCUUGGGUUUCUUGAUCUGCAAGGAACUAGGAAAGAAGCGAGUCUAUGGAUGAACAAAUUGUUUAGUGUUUUCCAAAGAUUCAUCGACACAAAGCGAUCAUCAAAUGAAUCGACAAAAAAUAACAAUGAUAUUCUAGAUUCUCUUUUGAACAUUGCUCAAGAAGAGGAGUCGGAACUCGAUGAUAAUGGUAUCAAACAUUUCCUUCUCGACUUGUUUCUGGCGGGAACAGAUACGAGUUCGAGUGCAGUGGAAUGGGCUAUGGCUGAGUUACUUCGAAACCCUAAGAUGAUGGUGAAAGCUAGAGAAGAGAUAAGACAAGUGAUACGAAGAAACGACACCGUUCAAGAAUCGGAUAUCUUCAAACUACCUUAUUUACAAGCAGUAGUGAAAGAGACUCUUCGUUUGCACCCGCCUGUCCCUUUUCUCAUCCCUCGAAAAUCCGAGUCUGAUCAUGUCCGAAUCUUCGAGUUCCUCAUUCCCAAGAAUGCUCAGGUUCUUGUGAACAUAUGGGCGAUAGGACGAGAUCCGAGCGCGUGGGAGAAUCCAACGAAGUUUGAGCCAGAGAGGUUCUUAGGAAGAGAAAUCGAUGUGAAAGGCAAUGAUUUUGAGCUAAUCCCGUUCGGAGCGGGACGAAGGAUCUGCCCAGGAAUGCCACUCGCGUUUAGAGUAGUGCAUCUUGUUCUUGCUUCUCUUCUCUAUGGCUUUGACUGGAAGUUUCAAAACGGCGUCGUUCCCGGAAAUCUAGAUAUGAACGAGGCCUUUGGUGUUACCUUGCACAGAGCCGAACCACUAUAUGCCGUACCUAUCAAGAAACGUGUUUAA